CACGACACAUGCAGUCUUUUGCACGGCUGCAUGAUAACUCGAUUACUAGGCAAUAACGACCUGAAUGCAACGGGAGGCUAUGGCUUCCGCCAGAUUUUCAUCGUCAUCGUCACGGAAGAGGCUCGGCACUUACGGAAGCUGCGACGAGGCGCGGAAGGUGCUAUCAGAGGAAGCUGCAACUGCAACACUGCUAUCUGGCGCCGGCUCUCAAAGCGAUGUCAACUCUCCCCCUUUAUCCCCGGUAUGACAAUUAUCGUAUUUGGUUGUUUUGGACCCCAGAGCAUCUUGUCUACUACGCUUGAUACGCCAGCCGCCGCCCUCGUGAUGCUUGCUCGCUCGGGGAGUGAUGCAGGCAACCGGCUUCGACGAUCCAAAUCCACCUCGACUGUUCAGCGGCAGAUAGUCACCAUUCCCGAGCCCCUAGACUAUCCCGCACUUGCCCAGCAGCAUGCUCUAGCCGCUGCCACCACCGCCUUCGCUCGAGCACACGACAACGCGGCCAUGGACCGGCUGAACAUUGGCACCUCUCAUCUGGAUCGGACCAAGAGCACUUCUAGCCGCAAAUCCAUCUCCUCUCAGGGCAGUCACUUCCCCCCUCGCGGCUCGAGCUUUCGAUCUACGCACAAUGCGCAUCGCCAGCAGACGUCGAACGUGCAGCGCCAAAGCCAGGGAGCCAUGCCGAUUGAGUCCUUCCCAGCAUUCUACCCGACUCCUGCCGUCGAACGUCCUCACUCUGCCCAGCCGUCCAUCUUGUUAAACGAGAACAUGCGCCCGGGUUCGCAGCUCAACUCUCAACGACGAAGUGCCGCUUCUUCCAUCACUUCUCAGCAAAUCCGCAAAGCAAGAUCAAUGUAUUAUGCGAGUAGUGUUCAAACGGGAUCACCCAUCGCUCGUCCUCCUACCAAGUAUCUCGUCAACCCUCCCCUCGCAAAUAUGAUACCUGAUCCGCUAGCGCCAGUUUCGGCAACACACAAUCGCCCUCUGACUCCAUUGCCUAUGGCCACUUCGCGAGCCCCGCAGAUACCCGUUGAAAUUGCACCUGGCGAAACUAUUGACAGGGCGAGAGACAAGUAUCUGCAAACAUUUCAGCAACGGCAAACAAAGCACAAGCCGUCUCUAUUCCUGGCCCCUUUCAAGAAGAGGCAGGAAAAGACCAAAUCAAAAGACAGGCCGGUAUCUGCUGGUCUAGUAUCCGUUUCGUCGGUCUGGAGGCAGAAUCCCGGAGAAAUACUGCUCGAGUCACUUGACGACUUUGGCAUGCCGAAGCAGAAGAAGGAGAAAAGGUCGUUCUCUGGCUCCAUCAAAAAUAAGAUCAAAAAGGUCUUUCGGCGUACUUCUCAUUCGUCGACAGAGGCGCCUGCUCAACAUGCCAAUACAAGCCGGGACUAUUCUAGCUAUAUGCCAGCCCAGCGCGAGUCUUCGUAUAUUCCCGAACCCAACUUUGAGAUACCCAGCCCCGACGACUUGACUUUGACGCGUAUGAGGUCACGUACGCCAGCACUGGAGCGCGCACCAUCGCCCUUCGUCCGAGCUGUAUCCCGGGGCAGCAAUACGAGUGGGGGCAGCACUCGUAGUCUGCAUAGCGAGCAAAAUCUCACACAUACAUCGUCUCGUGUAACUAGCUGGAACGAUUCAUCAGCUAGUGGUACUCUCACACAGCGCGAAAUCAAGCGUCUAACAGUAAUUCAUGAGGCGAAAGAUAGCAUUGGAAGUGAUGCUGACGGCACACUCAUUGCCUCCCCCAAAGAGAAGGUACUUCCCCCUCCAGCCUCCGGGGCUUUUACGCAACCAGCGCUGGUGGAAAGUCUGUUGGACACAUCGUCGACCCCGGUUGACCCGAAGCGUGUUUUCUCGACCUUAAUGAAAGAAAUUGAUGCUUCGAAGCCUUUGCCGGUUUCUACUACAACUUCCGACGGCUCGCCUAGUACAGAAAGCGAUAUUUUCGAAUCGAGUGCGACCAAGGAGCUCCAUGUUGUCGCACAGAGGGACGUGCACUCCAGUGGAAGCAGAAGCUUCCGUCCUAGCAUGAGUAGCGACCAGCCUUUCCAACGGCCAGCUACUGCCAAAAGCAAAUCGAGCUCCAUCAGAUCGUUCAGUAAGAUACUCCGUUCUACGAUCCGCACUGUUACGCCCAGCGAGCGUAAAGUAUCCGACAAACCCGAGCGCACGGAAAGUAUACGUGGGGCGGUUCGGGUCCCACGACCGAGUACGGCCACUUCUUCUGAAAGUGACGCUUCCCAGGGUAUUGACCAAGUAGUCAAUCUUGCUGCUAUGCGUGGCAAUCCACUCAGUCAUUCCUGUUCGCAAACAAUCACGCAUGAGCCCCAAACUUCGAGGCCGUCAGCGGAACAGAUCCAUCGACGAAUCGCGAGGUCCAAAGAUCGCUGGAAAUCUCAAUUGGAUGAGCACAUGCCCAAUCGUACACUCUACGACGAACAUCAACCUUACGAGCACUCCAAAACCAUUGCACAAACUAUCACCGUUACUCCCAAGUCUACUAACAGCAUUCAUCUGCCCAUGGAAAAGGUAGGUGACUCUCAGAAAUCAAGCCAGGAGCAAGUUACACCUGUCCAUGCAUCCCAAAAAUCACCUACAUCACGACAGCUCUUAUCUCCCUUAUCACCAAGCGUCUACUCUCGCAACACAGAUGGCAUGAGUAUACUGCCCAACGAUAGUAUAUUGUCUUUCGAAGAAGCCAGAGGCAGCGAGGGAGGUUCGGCUAUCAUUUCGCAUAGUCGCUCAGUGAGAAGCUACGCAAUCGGAACCCCCUCACCCCAGCGUGCCAGUGACUCGACCCAUUCGAGCAGAGACUGGAAAGCUUGGCUUUCACAUGAAGUUUCGGAGCUCACCGCUAGUUCCAGUGAAGAUAUCGCCAUUAACGAAAGCUACGUUCCUUCGACUGGACACCAACGUGAACUCACACAAAUUGAUGACGACAGCAUGACAGUAGUGAGGGCAUCUAUGGAUAUGCCGACCCCACGUCAAGACCCAAUCCGUAGUGUAAACACCUCCAGUUCAUUCGGAGAUCGAAAGAUACCUUUCAAACAAAAUGACCACCCUGCUAGCGACCGUGAACCACCCGCUACUCCAGGAACAGCGAAUUUACCUGCGAAAAGUCUCACACUCAUUACUAAGACACUAUCGCCCGUACAUAGCGGAAACUCGUCAGGAUCUGCUUCUCCCAGUGGCAGUACACCGAGGUCGUCCAGAAUGAAUGAACGGUUCCCCUUCAUUGAAACCGGUCGUCGCUCUAGCAGUUUUAGUGCUAGAAUGUCUCGCAUCGCCGGGACCCCUCCUGAUGGUAGUCCAGGGUCAUCGAUGAAAUCCAAAGCCGGCACGCCACCAUCAAGGAUCUACACCGAUAUAUCAGCCCCUGGAAGCAACAGAACAAUUGUGCACGAGUCGCAAUCACGACCCUCUAAGCCCGGGGAGCCUGCAAACAUUUCAACAACGUGCAAGGAGAAUCUGACUCCCACCUCAUCCAAACUCAAAUUUGGAGAUCUGCCCUCAACUCCAAAGGUUCAAUUUUCGCCAGCGAACAUGUCGCGCCCCAGGUCUAUGUUGCCGCUAUCGUCUGCCACAAUCAAUCGGAACCCAUCACCGGUCGCGAAGUAUACAGUCAACCAGAUGGAAACCCCCAAAUCGAGCCCACUCUCCACUUUAGCCAUUGAUCCCCUGCGACGGCGGUUAAAGACAACAUUGAGCCCUGCCUCGCCAGAGAAAGCAGUUCUUCGCCCCAAGAGCGCGUUCGAUCUACGCAGCAUGAAGUCCUCUGUUGUGCUCACACCUACAAAACUCAACAAUCAAGUUGCUCCUACUAAUAUUGAGUCCAAGAACUUGGAGCCAACUAAACCUGUCGCUGAUGGAGAGAAACCGAGUGGUCACAGGCGAGCCACAUAUCGCGUCAGUGCAAUUGACAACGAGACUCUCCGCAUGCUCAUCGAGUCUCCCUGGGCAGUCUCCGGCGCGCCUUCGCCGCGGACCUCGCUCGAUGCGACUUCGCAGGCCUUGCUUCCACGUUCCAAACGCCCGACCUUGAAGGGACCAUCUGCUUUAGCUUUGAACAAGGAGCCGAGUCCUGGGGCCGAAGGGCGGAUCAUCGAUACAUUGCUUGACACUCAAGUAACGCCUCUUGACUUUGGUGGUGAUGGCGGAAGAGCUACAGCAGGACAACGGAUGGCGGAGAGAUUUCUCAGAGAGAGAAGUGUAGGGAGAGGGAAUGACUUUGAAGAUAAAGGUACCAGUCCACGGGAGGGCAGCUUGAAGAGCGAGGGGCAAGGAGGGGGGAAAUUGGAGAGAGAGGAUACACCUGCUUUUCUUUGA